GGUGGAAGUGCAUGCAUUUACUGGGUACUGUAGCGAAGAACAGUUUUCUGUUAUUUCCGUUGUGGCACACUGUUUGCAUAAAGGUUUCAGCUUCUCUGUUCAGCUUUUAUUUGGUUCCUGUGAAUGCACUCUAAUGGUACUGGCGCAAAACUUCUCUACUUUAACAAAAUAAUUUUUUGGAUCACCUGUACUGCGGAAAUAGAUUCCUUUGUCGGGCUUGUUGAGCAAAAUGAUAAACUACAACAAAGGCCAAGGCAAGGAGCAGCGAAUUUUAGAUUUUGUGAUAAAAACUGCUACCAAGGGAGAUCCCAAGACAGUAGUAAAUGCAAUCGACAAGUACUGCAGUGAACAGGAGUGGGCAAUGAAUGUUGGCGAUAAAAAAGGCUUAAUUUUGGACCAGGUUUUGCAGGCAUGUAACCCACACACAGUGCUGGAGCUGGGAACAUACUGUGGCUACUCAGCUGUUCGAAUGGCCUCUCUUCUGAAGCCAGGUGCUCGUCUGCUUACUGUUGAUAUUGAACCCUACCACCUAAGCAUUGCCAGACAGAUAGUUGAGUUUGCUGGUGUGCAGGAAAAAGUGACAUUGUUAUCAGGGUCAUCAAAUGAAAUCAUCCCACAAUUAAAGGACAAGUAUCAAGUGGAUACUGUAGAUUUUGCUUUUCUUGACCACUUCAAGUCAAGGUAUACUCCUGACACCAAACUGCUUGAGGAAUGUGGCUUGUUGAAGAAGGGUAGUGUACUGCUAGCAGACAAUGUUAUUAAUCCCGGUGCACCAGAUUUCCUGCAGUAUGUCCGAACCAGCCCCCUUUAUGAGUGCACACACUACCCAGCGCUGGUAGAGUACACAGACCUUGUGGAUGGAAUGGAGAAGGCAGUGUUUAAAGGAUAAAAAAACUGAGUACAAUAUCCUGUGCAACUACUUUAUCAUUCUAAAAUUUAGAAUUUUCAGGGGGACAUGUUUACACACAAAAGCCUUUACUUAAACAUUCAUGCAUAAAAAGCGUCAGUAGGAAAAUUGCACAUUCAUGCAUAAAAAGUGUCAGUAAGAAAAUUGCACUCAGGUUAUGCAAUAUGUGUUACCUUUUGAAAGUAGACUUUUUACAAUUUGCAAUCAAAAUUAAUCCUGUCUUUAUUCAUCUUAAUGUAAUUGUAGUAAAUGGCUAGAAGUGAAUCUUAUUGUAUAAAUGUCUGUUUGCUGUAAUUUUGAUGAUUGUAGGUAACCAUGUGGUAGUGAGAUGUGCUUUUCCAAGGUCUUUACAGGACUGAUAAGAAAUAUAUCUGGACACAACAA